AUGUCUACCAGCUCGCCAACGGAGAGUAAGAAUGCCACCGAUGCAUUCGACAUUGAGCGACAAGCGUCUGUAUCUGCAACUGCAGCUGCAGUGUCAGCCGCACCCAAGUCUCUCGGUGCAGGCUCUGCACUAGCUCUUGGCGCAUUCGGCACGACUUUGACUACCCUAUCCCUCAGUCUGAUGGAAUGGCGCGGCGUGACCAUCACCAAUGUCUACGUGGGCAACUUUUUCUUCAUCGCAGCAUUUGGACUCGUCAUCACCGCACAAUGGGAGCUCUCGGUGGGAAAUGGUUUCGCCUACACAGUAUUCAGCGCAUUCGGUCUCUUCUACGCUGGCUACGGCGCGAUUCUCACCCCGGCCUUUGGGGUCGCACAGGCCUACGGAUCCGACACGACACAGUACAACAACGCGCUCGGAUUCUUCAUGAUACUAUGGACAGUAUUCGUGUUCACAUUUCUCAUCGCGUCAUUGCCGAUAAACCUCGCGAACAUUGCAGUGUUCUUCUUUGUGGAUCUGGGGUUCUUGACCGUGGCGGCGAGUUACUUUGCUGAUGCGGAUGGACACGCUGACUCGGCGAGAGCAUUGCGCAAGACCGGAGGGGCGAGUUGUUUUGUGGCAGGGAUGCGGGAUAACGACAUCUCCCUUCCACUCAAACUAUCCAACAACCCUCACCUUGUCGAUCCACGAUGCGAUGUGCUCAAGCCCGCAGAUGGCGUGAUCCGUGCGCGUCAUUUACAAGCUUCCAGCGCAAUCACCACCACCUCUGGACUACUUUUUGAGUCUAUCAACAGACACUACUUAUAUACAAGUAGUUGCCCUGUGCCACUAUGUUCGCAGCAACUCUUCUCAGCCCCUCUCAACCCCUCACUCUCCCAACUCACUAUCAUCAUCACCACCACCACCAUGACCCAAUCCGAUGUCCCAGCCACCGAUCCAGCCGUCUACGAGGCCUACAAGACCCAAUGGGCCUCAUUACCCGACACCGCUGACGCCUGGCUAGCCCGGGCGCGUGAAGUAGCCACCGUACUAAGCCAAGAUGCCGCACAGCGCGAGCAAGAGAACAAGUCCCCACGGGCGGAAGUAGCUCUACUCAAACACUCCGGACUGCUGAAGCUGCUGGGCCCUAAGAAAUAUGGCGGAGGCGAACAGCCCUGGAGCGUAGGAUACAAGGCCAUUCGCGAGGUGGCCAAAGGAGACGGAUCAAUCGGUAUGCUCCUAGGCUACCACCUCCUCUGGUCCACAACCGCCAACAUAGUCGGCACCCCCUCUCAAGCCGACCGCAUCCACCAAUGGAUCAUCACAAACAACUAUUUCGUCGGCGGGGCCGUCAAUCCUCGCGACAGCGAUCUAACCAUCACCUCCGACGGAGAAGACAUCAUCUUCAACGGGGCCAAAUUCUUCAACACAGGUGGUGUCGUCUCCGACCUCACCGUCCUAGAGGGUGUCCUGGACGGCACAGGCGAGCACAUCUUUGCGCUCGUCGAGACCCGACAGGCGGGGAUCAAAUUCGCCCAUAACUGGAAUAACAUUGGGCUACGCUUGACCGAGUCCGGAGGAGUCAGAAUAGAGAAUGUGCGUGCGCCGUGGACAGACGCACUGGGAUGGGAUAAUGUGUCGAAGAGGCCGCGUGAAGAGGUUCUGGGCGUGCCGUUUGCGAGCUUGUUGCUUCCGACAAUCCAACUCGUCUUCAGCAACUUCUACCUCGGCAUCGCUCAAGGCGCACUAGACUUCGCAUCCCAAUACACCGUGAGCACGACCCGCCCGUGGCCCUUCGGCGGGGACAACAAGGCUUCUGCGACCGACGAGUUCUACAUUCUCGAGCGAUACGGGAACUUUUUCGCGCAUCUCCGUGCGGCAGAGGCACUGGCUGAUCGGGCUGGGGAGGAGAUCUCUACCUUGUAUCGCGAACACUCUGAUACUCGGCCUGGAUUGACGGCCAGACAACGGGGUGAGUUGGCUGAGUGGAUUGCUAGUGUCAAGGUGGUUACUACGGAUGUUGGGUUGAGGGUGACUUCGGGGAUCUUUGAGGUUACUGGUGCGAGGGCGACGGCUGUGAAGGUCGGGUUGGAUCGCUUCUGGCGGGAUAUUCGGACACAUACCCUGCAUGACCCGGUGGCGUAUAAGAAUCGCGAGCUGGGGAGGUAUGCUCUGUUGGGUGAGGUGCCGGAGCCGUCGUGGUAUACUUAG